GUACCAAUGGUUUCGAAAACCACCACCGCUCACCCAACAAGAGAAAAAGAAAAGAAAAGCAAACCCCCCCGCCAAGUCUAAGUUACUCCAUACCUGACACCCUUACCCUAGCCCAAUGAAGAAAAGAGGGAAGAAAAAAAAGAGGAAGAGAAAAGAAAGAGUUCCCAUCUUUUCCCUUCUAUCCCGUACCCCCCCAUCUACUUAACUCUCCGAUCCCGACAAUUUCAGUACCGUGGCAUAUACACUCCCCAACUCAAGUCUCUCCUUCAUCCAGCAGCAGGUAGCAAGCGGCACAAACAAGCUACGACAAAAUGCCAUCAUCCCCGCCGACGCCUAUCACGAUUAUCACGGGCUUUCUUGGGUCCGGGAAAACAACAUUGUUGCUGAAGCUUCUACCGCAACUGCCGGCGAAUUACGGGCUUGCAUUGUUGAAGAAUGAGUUUGGCGAUGUGGCGGUUGACAGUCGAUUGGCUUCUCAAGGGUCUAUCUCUGGAGUGAAGGAGUUGCUGAAUGGAUGUAUUUGCUGUAACCUCAUCGGGCAAUUGGGAAAUGCACUUGUUACAUUAAAAACCGAUUAUAAGCCGAAUAGGAUUGUAAUCGAGACUUCCGGGAGUGCUUUUCCCGCUACACUUGCUAUGGAAGUAAACCGUGUCAUCUCCGAAAACCCAAACUUCUUCGUCUUGGACGGUGUAAUCCUGGUAAUCGACGUGGAGAACUGGGCCGGUUAUGUCGACACCUCGUACACCGCAAAGCUACAAGCCCGGUACACAGAUCUGAUAGUUCUGAACAAGUGGGAGAGUGUAACAGAACGACGGGAAGACGAGGUGCUGGACAGAAUUAGGGAUGUGAACGAAGACACACCGGUCGUGAAAAGCGAUAAGGGAUGGGUAUCCAAGGACAUAAUAUUUGGCAUUGACAGCGGUCUAACGAGGGAACUGUCCGCAGCAACAAUAGCACAGAACCACGAGCACGACGAAGGGGGUGGGGAGGAGCAUACCCAAGAAGUAGACGUUAUAUCCAUAACACUACCGUACCGAGCCGAGGAGGGCGGGAAGUGGAUUGAUCUGGAAGCACUCGAUCGGUUCCUAACGUCUGCUCCAAAGGAUGAAGUCUACAGGAUAAAGGGAUCCAUAUUCUCGCAUACAAAACCGAAAUCUGACCCACCAAUAACAAAAGACGCGCACCGGUUUAUCCUAAACUGGGCAUUCGGUCGAUGGACAUUCACAGCCCUCACAAAGUCUAGUGUGUCCACAGUAAUUGAAGCACCAGCCCUACGUCCCGCCACCUCUUCAUCCGCGAAUUCCACCGCGCCACCCAGCCCGUCGGAAGAGAACCAACGAAUCGAAGUAAUCGUCCAAACAAGCAUAAAAACCACUGUGGAGCAACGGGACCAAAAUGACGAUGGACAGGAAUGGGACGGCGAACCGGUGGGCAGGUUUGUGGUCAUCACGGCCCGUGGUGAGGGCGAACGGUGGCGCAAGCGGAUCGAGAAGGAAUCAUGGAUCAAGUUUGACUCGGACAUUUUGGAAACUGGGCUCGAUGUUGUCCAGAUUACGUGACUUACCCGACUACCAACACGGGGGAAAGAGGCAUGCGGAGAUGGAGAAAGCGGUAGAAGAGGCGGCGGGUUGGUGGCGUUGGGGCUUCUCUGGGAUUUUAUGGUAUAUGCUGUUUUCCAAAAAAAAA